AUGCUCAUCGAAUACACAUCAGACGGACGGCGCAUCCUCUGGCCUAACGACCCAGACAAACAAGCUCAGAAGAUCGUGCCGUCCAAUGUCAAAGGAGACUUCACCGCGCCUCAGCUGGCCCAUGAGGAUGGCAAGAACGGGCAGUGGUGUCCAGAGAUGAUCGAUCACCACCUCGAGAAAUCGCCCGAUCACCUCUACGCCGUCUUUCCCCUGCGAGAUGGCUCAGGAACGCAAGAGGUCACUUGGCGCGAGUUCGCUCAGGCUGCACUGAGAGCGGCUCAUCUCGUAAGCGAUGCUGUAGCCAAGCUCGACAGUCCAUUGCCGCCUGUGCUCGACGGCUACGAUGGGCCAACAGAGACGAUCUGCAUCAUGACCCGCGGCGACUCCAUCGUCACGUACGCGCUCAUGUACGGCAUCAUGAGAGCUGGCUACACCGUCUUUCCGCUCUCGCCGCGCAAUUCUGCCCAUGCACAGGAACAUCUGCUCAAGACAGUCAACUGCCGCAUCGUCCUCGUCGAGUACGAGCCUACUGAGCCUGAUUCGAUCAAAACCAACCUAGAUCGUCUCGCUGCAGGCGUCAUUGCAUCUCUCCAAGCACAAGAUCAUGCCAUCGUUGCUGUUCAUGCACCUCAUCGAGAGCUGCUCUUCGACGCUGAUGAGACACCCUCUCACCUCUCGCCUAUUACAAAGACGAGCAAUCUCUGGCUCAAUCAUAGCCCCCUCUUGCUUCAUUCAUCCGGUACCACGAGCGUGCCCAAAGUCGUUCGUCUCACCUACCGCGUCUUAGCAGACUGGCUCAGCCACUGGCGUCUACGUGAUCCAGAAGCAGGCGUGCGAUACGGCUCGGCAGGACUGCCAGUUCAGCAUACCUAUGGCGUUGCUGUCGGCAUGUGCGCCACUGCAGCUACGGGCGGUGUGCUCGCCGUCUUUGAGCCUGCUAAGCUCGGUGAAGAUCCCAUCGUACCCGAUCCGUCCAAUCUGCUCGAUGUGUUUGAGGCAACGAAUGUUCGUCUGCCCACUCUCACGCCGUCGAUUGUAGAGGGCAUGGCGAAGGAUCCUGCCUUGCUGGCUCGUCUGAAAGGCUUCAAGGCCGUCUUCUCGGGCGGCGGGCCUCUGUCUACCGAGAUCGGCGACUACCUCAAUACUCAAGGCAUCGUCGUCAUCAAUGCUUUCGGAGCUACCGAGACUGGCUUCCUGCAGUCUAUCACGCCUGCCACGGAUGGGGGCCCAGGCGAAUGGCGAUACAAUGCCUUUUCACCCCAACGUUUGCCUCGAUUGGAAGAGACUGCUGCCGGCUCAGGGAUUUACGAACUGUUUGUGCUCGAGCACGAGCGCUAUCACCCUCUCUCCGUUACUGGAUCAGAGUUCAAGAGCCCGUUCGAUGGCAGGGUGCAUCGUGCAUACCCCACAAAAGAUCUCAUGGAGCAGCACGCGACAGACCCGCUUCGAUUUGCCAUUGUCGGACGAGCGGACGAUCAGAUCAUGCUCUCUACCGGCGAGAAGAUUGCUCCUGCACCCAUUGAAGACGUGCUCAAUGCUUCGCCUUUGAUCAGUACCGCCAUCAUCUUUGGCCGCGGUCGGGAGUCUGCUGGUGUCCUCAUCGAUCCUGCCAGACCGAUUGCGCCAGAUGACAUGGAAGCUCAUGAAACGCUCAAACGAGAGUUGCGACCCGAUCUCGACAAGGCAAAUAAGAUCGCGCCUGCUCAUGCCAGGUUAUUCAUCGAGUCCAUUGUCUUUGUGCAUACUAGCAAGCCCAUCAGCGACUACCUCACCCAGAAGGGCAGCGUCAAGAAGGUCGCUCUCAUCAAGGCCUAUGAGACCGAAAUCGACGCGCUCGCCUCUUCUGCUAGUCAUGACGAUGUUGCCGCGCCAGCGGAUCUGACCCCAGCCUCUAUCCUCACCUUCGUACGAGACCUCGUCAAUACAAAGCUCAAGCCAGUGCUCAGUGUACGUGCGGACGACAACGACGACAUCUUCAACCUGGGCUGCGACUCGCUCUUUGCAAUGCGGAUCUUCUCCUCGCUGCGCUUACUGUUGCCUCGGAUCGCUGAUCGAAUGUCAAGCAACAUCGUCUUUCGCUUUCCCACGAUCGCUCGUCUGUCCGGCGAGCUGACUCGUCUGAUUUCUGGCGGCGGCGAGGACUCGUAUGCUGCUACCAAGCUCGAAGCAAUGACAGAGAUGGUCGACAAGUACACUCAGUCAUUCGCAAAUCAUGUCGUCAAUCCAGACAAUGUCAUUGCGACGACGGGCGCAGUAGUACUGCUCACCGGAUCGACAGGUGGCCUCGGUGCUUUCGCGCUGGCUCGCUUGCUGAACGAUCCUGCCGUCUGCCGCGUCUAUGCUCUCAAUCGUCGCUCGACGCGAAAGACGGUACAAGAGCGACAGCGAACUGCAUUCCUAGACGUUGGCAUCGAUGCUGCUCUCCUGUCCUCGCCCAAGCUCGCCUUACUUGCAGGCGAUCUCUCCGAGGUCUCACUCGGUCUGGCCGAUGAUGUCUAUGAUGAGAUCCGAUGCUCGCUGACGACCAUCAUCCAUAAUUCUUGGCAACUCAACUUCAGCCUCUCGCUUGCUUCCUUCGAACCUCUCGUAUGUAGCGUGCGUCGGCUUGUCGAUUUUGCGCUCGCUUCACCACGGCCUCAGCCGCCUCACUUUGUCUUUACCUCGUCCAUCGGCACGCUGAUGUCGUAUCGCUCUAGCAAAUCCGUCCCGGAAGAACGCCUGCCCGAUCUUGCAGUCUCGCUCGGAAAUGGCUAUGGCGAAUCGAAGCGAGUGGGCGAGGAAGUCCUAUUUGCCGCAUCUGAGCUGCACGGCUUGCCCGUGACGAUCCUCCGCAUUGGCCAGCUUUGCGGUGCAACGUCGAGCGGAUACUGGGCUUCGAGUGACUGGGUGCCUGCGAUUGUCAAGAGCGGCGAGAUGCUGGGCGAGCUGCCCGAUAUGGCUCAGCAAGUCGAUUGGCUCCCGAUCGAUGUGGCAGGUCGGUCGACUGCCGAAUUCGCUCUACAAUCGCGGCAAGGCGUCGCCUACCGUCAUCUUAUCCAUCAUGAGCGUUUGGCUUGGCACGAUAUCUUCGAACGCUUCUCCCAGCUUCUGGGCGCGAAGCUCGUGGACUAUCCCACUUGGCUCGAGAGACUUCGCAAGUCUGGUCAGACGAACGGCGCGGCCGACGCAGCUCAUGCUAAUCCUGCACUGAAGCUGCUGGACUUUUACACUGGCAUGGCUCUUUCGACCGGCGCCCUGACGCUCCGGCAGACAAAGACGCUCGAAGAGUCGAGCGAACUCAGAUCGGCUGCUUCGCUAACGCUCCACGAUGUGAAGCAAUGGCAUAGCUGCUGGACUCGAGCUGGUCUGCUCACACUCAUGCCUGAUCUGAUCACUCUGUAG